GAGGACAAGAAGCACUCGCGCUGCGUGAAACAAACCUUCCCUGAAUUACGCUUUACGAGUACGAAUCCGACCAUGACCGCCGGUCUAGACGGCGGCAUUCCCGUUGAGCUGGUCAACUGGAUACUCUCUUUCAUUGAGGAUCCUGAGGACCUGCUAAACCUAACCCUCUCCAGCAAAUUCAUCAAAAAAUGUGUCGAACGUUUCCUUUACAGUUCAUACCGGAAUUUGACUCUUGAAACCCACUCCCUCGUAGCAAUGGUCCACAGACUCAUCGAUGAGCCAAAUCUUGCGCAGCUCAUGAAAAAUGUCGAAAUCGGACAUUGGAAUACCAAGCGUCGAGUUAUCAGUCCUAAUUAUGACUACCAUCUCGAAAAAAUCACAAACGACGAGUUUCGCCGUCUUGUGGAUGCAGCGAAGCAGACAGGGCUCGUCGACGCAACCCAGAACUCGGACCCUGACAGCCUGCGACCGAUUGUCAAGAAUGAGGGUACAUAUUAUGACUACGGCUCGGGCUAUGACACCGACGCGUAUGACAGUGAAACCGAAGGACAGUACGCCGUCCACCCCGACGAGGCCGACGGUGGCGAUUACAGCGAUGUACAGCUCCUCAGGUGCCUGAGAUAUGGCAUAGAAGAUGCCCAAGUGAUCUUGUUGCUAUCUUUGCUCCCACGGCUCGAGAAGCUAUCGUUGAAAGAGGUCCCUGAUGGCGUCCGGCUAUCCUGGGACAAACUGAGUUCCGUACACAAAUUUCCUGUUCUCAGGGAGAUCCGCGCUAGCGGUGUUGACGGCGAGAUCCCGUGGGAUCUGCGGUAUCUAAAGCCGUUACUUUCUCUUCCAUCUAUGCGCGAGUUGAAGGCCUACCUUUCCACGUCCAGUGGCGAGGUGGCUUUUGCAGAGAUGUUUGACUUCCAGCCAAAAUCUCUAUUCCUUACCCAUAUCCACUUGGAGCGCUGCACCAUCGACACCGACACCAUAGAAAACCUCCUUAAAGGCUGCAAAGGUCUCGAAUCCUUCGCCUUCACUGUCGCAGGGAACGGUCUCGAGGACGACGAAUUUAAUGGGAGUUUACCGCAGUUUACAGCGCCACAGCUCAAAAAAGCCCUUUUGGCACAGAAGGGUUCGCUCAAAGAGCUUACAGUGGACAUGUCCGACUGGUGCUUCCGUCAUGACUACGGUACAUUUGGAUCCCUCAUGGAAUUCGAAGUGCUCGAACGACUCACCAUGGACUAUGGGACGUUACGCUGGCACCCGGAUCUCGGACUCGAUGAAGCAGACUACAACAGCGACGAGAUGCAUCGACUAAACACCGAACCACCGCUGCCUGAACUACUCCCCAAGUCCCUGAAAGUGCUUAAUAUCCUCUGGGCACCACCCGUAAUCGUGGUGAACCUGCUCCAAUUCGGCAGCACACCGCGCAAGGAGUACCCGAACCUCAGCUCGAUAGACAUCACCAUGUUCGAGCUCGACUUCACGCGGCGCGAGGCACCAGGCUACGGGAUGAUGGUCACGCAGCUCAAGGACAUGGGAAUCGCGUACAUGGAGCGCAGCCAGUGCGCGAAGCCGCCGGUCCCAACGCUUCUGUCCUGGCUGGCCGAGCCGUACAUCCUCACGCGCUGGAACACCGGCACCUCCAAAUACGAGUCUACGCGGCGCAAGUCGACGUUCCAGCGCUAUCUCGAUCAGAUGCCGAGGUGUCCGCACAUGGAGGCUAAUGGUCCGGACAUUGACUGCUUCGCGCAGGACUGGGAGCAUGAGGGCUGGGGCCCUUAUGCUGAAAGCAUUCCGGAUGACUCCGAUGAGGGCGAUUAUUUCUUUGAGUUUGAACACAGGCCGAGAGGCUUGCCGUGGAUCUUUGGCGACAUGUCGGAUCUGGACGAUGAGGACGAGGAUGGGGAGGACGAAGACGAGGGCGAAGAUGAGGACGACGAGGAGGAACUUUUCGGAGGUGAUUCUGGGAUUGAAAGUGUUGAUUAAUUGAAUCUCUUUCUGUGGCAGAGAUUGGUAUUGUUAUUGAUCAAAAAUUGGUCCUAUUAGCCUACUAGGAGUACGGUUUCGAAGGAGUGGAUAUUAUUAUAAUUUACAUGUCUUUCAUGGGCGGCAUAUCCAACUACAAACUCAAGCUAUACAUAGGGG